CAGCGAUCGGUCUCUGCGCCAGCGGCUUAGGGUUUAGGACUUGCGGCACCCCCCGAGGCCACAUUAACUAGCUAGCUUAAGUAAUUAGUUUAACUAGUUAGCUUAAAUAAUUUUUCAAGUUGCCUAGCUCUUUUUUUUAACGGAAUUUUAUCUUAUUUGGAGCGAUGUCAUUGCUCUAAACAAAACUCUGAGGACUGCUAUUUUUCAUCGUGGGAAUGGCAUUCGCAUGCACCCCAUGAAAGUAGAAAAAUCUCGCAUAGUUGCACUCACUGACGCAAGUUACAACCGUCGCAAAACUUGCCCGUCUGUUUUUGCUGGUAUGUUUUUCGUAUCUGGCUAUGACGUCGACUGCGACCAAAACCUUUACACCAACGAGCCUACCGACCGUCUAGCGCCAGUAUCUAGUAAGCCCGCAUGGGUCCGCGCUUCUCUGGUAUUUUGGAGAACUCGAGUAGUUAUACGUAGGGUAGGCGCUAUUCUUGACGUUGCGACAUUAUCUAUUCAGUGCGGUUCCGUAGCAGCGGAAUACUUACAAAAUCUAGGUCUCGGGAUGCAAGUUGUGUGCAGUAAGCUUAAGCCUUGCAUUUUUAACGAUAACGACUCAACAAUAACUCACGUAAAGAGUUCGAACAAGCACAAGAACCCAAGAAUGAGUGUUAUCUGGGGGGCGCUACGUCAAGCGUUCACUAGUAACAAGCUUGCUCUUAAAUUCUUGUGUGGUAAAAGUUUGAACAUUGUGGACGUUGGGACUAAACUAAAGUCUAACGCUUUGCCUUUGUUCAUAAAGUCACUACGACUAGGCAAGCUGUUUAGAACGCCUUGAGCACAGCGGUUACGGCAGAGCUGACUUAUGUUUUUCUUCUAGCGUAUAAAUCAACAAACUUUACCUUGUGCGUCCUGAACGACUUACUUUUUCCUACUUAAACCGUUGAUAAUUUAACCCAUUAACCUUGACUCGUAAGGCUAGCUGCAAAAGAGUUCGCUUACCAAAUAGUGUAGUAGCGGUAAGUCAGUAGAACUACACAAGAAAACAAGUAAAGAAAAUUACUGAACACGUAAAGAAGACCCACUCUAAAGGGAAAGGCUUUAGGCUGGCUCGUCGCACUCUCCGCGAUAGUGAUUUGCAUUAGACUGGCGUAGGUUAGUACUCUCUUUCACAUUGUUUGUCGUUGUAUACGUUUGCCCAGCACUGUUAACUUGUUGCUAAAUCAACCUUGCUCGCAAAACAUCUGAUCAAUGUCAUGCGUCGCAAGCUUUUAGGUUGGCGGGUGUGAGAGAAAUCCACACUGCGUCAAUCUGUUUGAGUUGUUUGCUGGCAAUCUGUUGAGAGUUGAGCCAUAAGAAAAGCCAAAGCCUUGGAGUGAUUUAGUUGAGUAAUUAAGUGCUUAAAAGAAAAACGAACUUAAGUAGCAACGCACUGAAAACACACACAAGACAAAAACACUUUGACACUUUCUUUUUCAACAGGCGUUUUAUGCAUUUGAAUAAACACCACUCAACCCAAGAAAACUUUUGGUACUUAGCGCGUUCAUUCACUGGAGGAGGAAGAGCCCAAUAUGCAAGAAUCUGUCAUAGAUGCUAAAAUAAUUAUUCUACUCCGCCAUAUGUUGUUACAUUUAUAGGAAUUUGUAACAUAUAUCAUGAUAAAGUAAAAAAUGGCUUUGAUCUCUCAAAUCUUCUGCAGCAGCUGCUAGUUUCCUCCGUAGGAUACGAAGUCAGACAACCACGCGCCGCCUCCUCAUCAAAAUUUUAAGAAAUCGAAGUCCCACAAGCAUCAUCGCCAUCAGGUCGCAUUCGCAACUUUUUUAUUGGUACUCACCUCAUCAAGGAUCAUCUUCAUCCCGCAUUCAAAAGCAACGAGAAGAAAAU